AGUGCUGAACAUUUGUGUGUGUGUGUGAGAAUCAACCCCUCCUUCUGGUGGAGCUUGCCUGAGGAUCUGAGGCCUCCCUCUCCUUACACAUUCACAGCGAGGAGGAACGUAAACAUGGCUCUCUCCAGCAGCAGCAGAGUUUAUGACUGUAUUGUGGUAGGAGCAGGAAUUCAGGGAUCCUUUACUGCCUAUCACCUAGCUAAAAACCAGAAGAGGACUCUGCUUCUGGAACAGUUCCCACUUCCACACUCCAGAGGCAGCUCCCAUGGACAAACAAGAAUUAUUCGCAGAGCUUACGCUGAAGACUUUUAUACCAACAUGAUGGACGAGAGUUACCAGCUGUGGGCAGACCUGGAGAGGGAAUCAGGCAUCAAACUGUAUAGGAAAACGGGACUUCUGGUUAUUGCUCCAUCUGGCAAUGAAGAGUUUGAAUCAAUAUGUAAAAAUAUGGAACAAAAGAAAAUACCUUGGGAAAGAUUCACCAAGGACCAGCUAAUGGCUAAAUAUCCUGAAUUUAUUCUGAAUCCUGAAGACGUUGUUUGUUGCGACAAUAAUGGCGGAGUUCUGUAUGCAGACAAGGCGCUGAGAUCUGUGCAGGAACAAUUUCAGCGAAUGGGUGGAGUGAUUCAAGAUGGGCAAAAGGUAAAGAAUAUUAAGCCGGGGCAAGUGGUUACAGUGACAACUACCUCUGAUAUCUACGAAGCGAAAAAUAUAGUGAUCACAGCAGGACCAUGGGCCCAGAAGGUGCUUUCUCCCAUUGGCCUUGAGUUACCAUUAAAGACUCUGAGAAUCAAUGUCUGUUACUGGAAAGAGAAGAUUCCUGGGAGCCCUGGUCUGCUGCAAAACUUCCCAGCAUUCCUUGGUGUAAACCUAAAUGGAGAAGAACAUGAGGUCUAUGGCCUACCUUGCCAAGAAUAUCCAGGGCUAAUUAAGAUUUGUUUUCAUGGUGGAAAUGAGGCUGAUCCUGAGGAGCGUGAGCUUCAAACUAAACCACCCCAAAUCCCAGACAUCCAGAUACUUUGCAACUUCAUCAGUAAAUACCUUCCUGGUUUGCACCCCAAGCCUGCUGUGAUAGAACAAUGCAUGUAUACGAAUACUCCAGACAGCAAUUUCAUCUUGGAUUACCAUCCUCUUUACAAGAAUAUUGUCAUCGGCUCUGGAUUCUCAGGUCAUGGCUUCAAGCUUUCUCCAUUAGUCGGGAAGAUAUUGAGUGAGCUCAGCAUGGGGAAGGAACCUGCGUAUGAUCUUACACCAUUCAGAAUCACUCGCUUCAAAACCCAAAGUGCAUCUUUGUGAGAUGAAGAAUGGAAAAAAAAUCACCUUUUUAUGGAUACUUUAUGGACUUUUAGUAACUGGUCACUAUGCCAUCAGUACAAGCUGAAGAAGGCAGUGGGGUAGUACAGACAGACUGGGGUUGAUUUACUAAAACUGGAGAGUGCAAAAUCUGGUGUGGCUGUGCAUGGUA